ACUUGUUCGCUAAGUAUCCCCCAGACUGUGCGGCGUUGCCACUCAUCUUUCACGGUGUGUCUGCACUCUGCGGUGCGCUGUGCGAAAAAGUUGGAAAGAGAGUCGCAUUCGGACUUUGGUCUCGUCCGAUGGUGCAUCGGGUUUCGCGAGUGUCCUAGAUCGUCGUCAGCCUCAUCACCGAGAGACGAUGCCGCCGCCGCCGCCGCAGUGGACGAGACCACUGCUCGCUGGUUCCGGUAACCAGGUGCAGAUGCAGCAGCAGCAGCAGCAGCAGCACCACCAGCAUUCGUCCACCUCCGCGAGCAACAACAACAAGCACAGUCCCAGCGAGGAAACCGCGAGGAUCAAGGUCGUGCUCGUGGGCGACGGUGCCGUCGGCAAGACCAGCCUCAUCGUCAGCUACUCCACCAAUGGCUUUCCACCCGAGUACGAGCCCACGGCUUUCGACAACUACAACGUGGUGGUCAACGUCGAUGGACAGCCCAUUAAUAUUCAGCUAUGUGACACCGCUGGCCAGGAUGACUUUGAUCCGCUGCGCUCGCUGUGCUACCCGGAGACUGACGUGUUUUUGAUAUGCUACAGCAUAGUGAGCCCUGCGUCCUAUCACAGCGUGGCCACCAAGUGGAUCAACGAGGUGCAGAGACACUGCCCCAAUACUCCGGUGAUUUUGGUUGGGACGAAAAGUGAUCUACGCUCUGAUGUUAGACUGGCACUGCAAUUAGCAAGGUAUGGACAGGCACCUAUCACUACUACUCAAGGUCAUCAAUUAGCUCACAGAAUAGGGGCAUCUAGCUAUGUUGAGACAUCAGCUCUGACGCAGCAAGACCUGAAAGAGGCUUUCGAUCAGGCAAUAGUCAGCGCUCUCAGCAUGAGACGAGGUGGGGCUAGGUUUUUGGCAAAUCGCAGGAAGCCACCCUCUCUGUGGCGCAGGUGGCUCUGCUGCUGGGAGAGAUCGUCGUCAGCUUCCUCAAGUAGGGCCUAAACUGAAUUUGUUGAAAGUGCUAGGUAUAAAUAUCUCGGACUCGUUAUAACUAUGUUUUUUCAUAUUUAUAUAUUGUCCUUGAUUGUGCACUUGCUGCUCAUGCGGCACCUGCCGCAAUCUACUUAAUGCAAUAGGUAGGUGAAUUACACGUGGUCAAAUUUAAUACGUUUUUAAAGAGUUGCUACAACGGUGAUAUUAUUAAUUAUAUAUACUGAUAUUUUUAAAUAGUAUUUAGAUUUGACUAUAUUAACGACUCAAAGUCCAAGAUCUAGAUUUUGAGAUGAAGUUGGAAAACUUUCAAGAAAAACUGUGAUCAAAAGUGGCUGCCUCUCUGUUAGACUUUUUUUCCAUAUUCCAUGAAAUAUUUUAAAUUUUAAACGGUCCUCUUGACCCUUCUGCAAUUUAUACCUUGCGUCUAAUUAAUUUGUGGUAUAAAUUCGUUUGAUUGGAAACUUUAAUACUAAUUAAGUACUGUUGAUCAGAGAUAUGUAUAAGAUUGUUGUCUGACAGUUGCUUUUAACAGAUAAAGCAUUUAUGCAAUGUAGCUUUACAUACUUUCCUUUUAUUCAAAAGCGUUAGAAGGGAUUUAUUCUUGAAUUGCUUUCAUUUUUAAUGAUGAGCUUAUUACUUUGUCAGUAUCUGCGAGAACGUCGAACGAUGUUGACAAGCUUGUUAGUGUAAAUUCAUACAUUUCAUCUUACAUUCCAAUGGACAGCUCUACUUUUAUUUGAUAAGCCAGCAUAAAAUGACGAAACAUAGAUUUACGUCUAUGAAAUAGAUGUAUCUCACGAUUGUAAGUUUUUAAUAAGAUUUUUCUCUAUGUCUACUGCCAGAUCUCACAAAUCAAUGUUAAUAAUCCAUUCAAAAAACACACCCUUCAGCUCAACUGAAAUAAUACUAAUCUAUCAACGAUUAAAGACAAUUAAUUAGCAUUAAUUAUUACCUUCCAUAGCUAGAAUUAGCACAUUAUUUAAUAUACAUAGAAAUAUUGACUGGUACUUAAUUUAUUGUCAAUUAAGAACAACAUUCCAAUAUAUACAAGCACUUCUCUUAGAUAGUUAGUCUUCAGAAGAUAAUCGAUUAUAAUCAUCGUUAUCUUAUUUAUUUUAACGCGUAACGGUAAAGUGACGUAAAUUAUUUAUUGUUAGGAAUUAUCCACGUAUACUCAAGUUUUGUGUGCAGGCACGCUUAAGUACGUUCUGAGCCUUGCCGUUCUCUGGUUGUGAAUUGUUUUGACGAGAUGAAAAAAAAGAUUAUACUUGAAUUUUCGAUUUUAGAUGAUUGACUCAAAAUUCGAUAUUUUAUUUUUGUGAAAUCAAAACCUAUAGAAAAACUCGGAUGCCAUAUCGACAUCGCAUCUUAUAUUUUAAAUUAUAUUUUGCACUUAACUGGUGAAUAUGCAUAUAAUCACGUACGUCAGUUUACGAAUUAUAGCAACGAUGUGAUAAAACGUCAUGUGUAUCCAAGAAGAAAGUCGUUAUUAUUGAAUAUUAUGUAAGAAAUUUCAUUGCAUGAGGCAAUAGUUAAUUCGUUAUACAUUUCGAUCGCGUUAAAGCGGAGCAUGAUUGAAAUUUAAAACGAGUUAAGAAAGUCUUUCUUAAUAUAUGCUCUUAUAAUUCACAAGAAGCUUACCCGGUUGAUUAUGAUUAUAAGCAUCAAUGUUCCUCUGAAUCAUGAUUUUAAUGUAUACAAUAUGUAUAAACAUGACGUCGACUCUGCUUUAAUGUUAUAGGUUUAACUCAGAAGUUUAAUAUUUUUCGUAAAGCUUCAGUGUCUUCGUUUCAUUCCUAAUAUGCCUACAGCAAUCGAUUCCCUUUUUUAUGAACAAUUAAUGAAUGAAAUGACAAACUAUAAUCAGGUAGUUGGCACUGAACCUGUUGUAGAAUAAUAAUAAGCAAUUAUAAUGAAUGAAUUAUAAUUGUCCUUAUCAACCGAAGGAUAUUGGCUAGAUCAUGUGUAAUUUGUCAUCUUGGCCUAUCUGAUGAAAAUAUAACUAAUUGAAAAAGAAUAUAAAAAUAGUUGCAAAGUAACAUUAUUACAUGUGUAAUAGUAUAGGAACAGAUAUGACACAAAAGUUUUUGCUCUUUUAUCCAUACAUAUCAUUAGUAUUAUUAUUAUUUCAACUAUCACGCAAUUAAAUCAUACGUAAAAAAUAGGUUGCAAUAUCUAACUAAAGUGUAUGUACAUAGAUAAGUAAGUAAUUUAUCGUUUACAGCAUUUGUCCAUUAUAAUUUUAGGAGUGGAUUCACCUCGUUAACUAAUGUAAUGAGUAGUUUUUAAGUUGAAAGAAAGUAAAAACAUUUGACUGAAAUAUCGCAAUGUUAGAUUUACAUGUAUUUGCGUUUACUCUAUAUAAUAAAAUUUACAAUAUUUUUA